AUGGCGCCCAUUGAAUCCGGCUCCCUCGUUCUCGUAACCGGUGGUAACGGCUUCAUCGCCGCCCACUGCAUCGCGACUCUCUUGCGUUCCGGCCAUAACGUCCGAGCUACGGUGCGCUCAACCGAGAAAGCAGAAGCAACCCGCAAAGCAUUGGAGGAUGCCGGUGUCCAGAACCUUAAUAGUCUGGAAUUCGUGGUUGUCGUGGACCCGACCGAUCUCCAGGCCUUGAGCCCUACGCUGAAAGGUUGUCAGGCCGUAUUGCAUCUGGCGUCGGCUUUCAACUAUGAGGCGAAGCCCGGAGAGUUUGAAGAAAAGCUCAUGAUUCCCGCCGUAAAGGGGACACGGGUUGUCUGUGAGGCUGCUCAGCAGCAUCCAUCCGUCCGACGAGUGGUCAUCAUGUCGAGCUUUGCUAGUGUGUACGAUGCCAGCCUCGGUUUACAGCCCGGUCGCGUUUACACUGAAGAAGAUUGGGCGCCGUUGACCUAUGAGGAUGGUGUGAAUGCAUCCGCCGUGCCGAUUGCGUAUCGCGCGUCAAAGGUCGUUGCCGAACGUACGGCGUGGGAUUAUGUGCGAGACCAUCAGGUUCAGUAUCAAUUGGUGACUUUGUGCCCCGGAAUGGUAUUUGGCAAGAUGAUUCAUCCGAUCUCUUCGCUGUCCCAGCUCAAUGCGAGCAACCAGAUUGUCUGGGGUGUGUUGAAUGCUGGACGAAACGGCGAGAUUCCCCCGACAAAGGCGCCCGUCUGGAUCGACGUUGAAGAUCUCGCCGAAACGAGUUUCAGAGCGCUUACAUUCCCCGAGACGAAGCACGAGCGUUUCUUGGUGACGCAGGGGUCGUACGAUACACAGGAGAUCGCAGAUAUCAUUCGAGAACGAUCCCAAGAAAGACAUAGAGUACCUCUGGGCGAGCCUGGGAAGCGCAUUGCCGAGACUCAUUAUUCCUGCGAUUCUUCCAAGGCGCAGAGGGUACUCGGGGUUAAGUUUCGGGGAUUGGAAGAGUCGAUUGGGCCGUUGGCAAAGCAGUUGUAUGCAAUGGAAGCACGUUGA